UUGUUCGUUUUACAGUUUGACCAGGGAGGCCUUAGCCUGUCGCAAAGAAUAUACUUAUUGAAACACGUUUAUGGCGCGAAGAUCAACGUCUUCAAGAAGUUCCUUGUUAAUAAAGUCAGGCUGUUCCAGAAGGAUGGAAAGCUGCCUAGAAACCGAACAAAAACCGAAAAAGAUAUAGACGAGAUUAUUAACUUCGAAGCCAAAUUAGCGGCAAUUCAAACUACACCGGAGGCUCGAAAGGAUCACGAGAAGUUUUAUAACCUUCGCCGUAUAAGCAAAAUGCGAGAUUAUAUGCCUUUGAUUGACUGGGACCGUUUCUUCUACAAAGUAGCUCCAGUGGCUGCCCAUAAUUAUUUUAGAUCAAAUCCACAAGUUCUCAUCCGAGAAAUUGCUUAUUUGCACAGUUCAGAAUAA